AGUUAGAAACUUUUCCGGCCUCGACACAAUCAAAAUUCCCCCCGAGAGCAAAAUUCCAAGUUCCACAGUCCCCAGUUUUGGCGCCUCGUUUUUGUCCACUUUUCGUCACUUUGUGUUCCACUGUGCGUUGCGCGGCCCCACCGAAGGGUGGUAAGAAGCAGAGCGGCAAACAGCUGUGGCCGAUAACAACAAUCGAUUGCCAUCGCAAUCGCUUUGUGGGAAAGCAGCGAUUUUUCCAGAUUUUCCAAGUAGUUACAAGAAACGCCAGAGUAAUUUACCCACUAAAACCCCCGAGGAAUUGGACGAUCUUUAAAACAGCGACACUGCCGUGGUGACAAGAAGAAGCACAGCGAGUGGGGCAGCCAGAGCAGCGAGAAACACACGCACGCACACAGCCACACAAAUUACGUGCAGAGCGCUAUCUAUUCCCCCAUUUUCCACCGAAAAUAAAGCACGGCAGGCGGAGAAGCAGCCAAAUUGCGACGCAUUUUGCAGAGCACAGAGACACCGACCAGUGGAAAGUGCACAGGAAACCGCAGGAGAGAAGCACCCAGCAAGGAGCCCCACAACAAUAACUUUGCAGAUCAGCAGAGCAAGAAGAAGCAGCAGCAGCGGCGGGCCAGCUGAGAAGUGAGGCGAAGAAGCAGGGGCGCGCAGGAGUAGCAGCUGCAGGGGGCAGGCGGAAGAGGAGGCGGUAGCGGAAGGAGCAGAGGAGCAGAGGCGGCGGGAGCAGCCACCAUGAGCAUGGUGCGGCGGAUUAUCCUGCUGGGCCCCAAAUACAGUGUCUGGGCAAAGGGAAGCGGAGUUGGUCAAACACAGCGCUCGGCGAGAUGCGUUAUCCUGAGCGCAGACAGCGACGAGGUCAGCCGCUGGGGCGUGCGGCGCUUCCACCUGGCCACGCGGAACUGCGCGGCCAAUCGACAGAUGAGACUGGAGCCCGCUUUGGCAAUACCGGCGUACAUUGACAUCACCAACGCCACCUCGAGAACGCCCGAGGACUCCAGCGACAGCGGGAGUGCCAGCGGAAGUGGAGCCAGUGCAUCGGGGGGCAGUGGAGCCAAGACCCCCGGGGGUGGAGCAGGGUCUGGAGCGAGUACGACCAGUGGCGCCGAUCCCCCUGGCGGCGGCAGUGACAAGUUCCUUUCGUGCCCGAAGUGCGGCAGUGCCUGCACCCAGGUUGAGACAUUUGUGAGCUCCACGCGGUUCGUCAAGUGCGCCAAGUGCAACUACUUCUUCGUGGUGCUGUCGGAGGUGGAAACCAAGCAGCGCACCAAGGACGAGCCCAAGAACCAGCGCAAGCCGCCACCACCGCCGCAAAAGAUCAUGGAGUAUCUGGACAAGCAUGUGGUGGGCCAGGACUUUGCCAAGAAGGUGCUGGCGGUGGCGGUGUACAACCACUAUAAGCGCAUCCACCACAACCUGCCUCAGCUGCAACAGCAAGGAGGAGGUGCCGGUAACGGAGCCGGCGGCCUAGACGGUAUUCCUCGUCCCGAUCUUCUACACAUAACCGGGAUUGGUCACACACUGAACAGCUCUCCGGGCAACGAACUGCCGCCAAAGUCGCCGACUCAGAUGGGUAUGGGCGGCGGAAUGGGUGGUCCCGGACUUGGUAGCGGACUCACCGGCGCAGCAACCAGCAAUGCCCGUGGAGGUGGCGACCACAGAACCGGUUCGGAAAUCCUCGACCGGCAGUCAACCGAUGUCAAGCUGGAAAAGAGCAACAUUAUCAUGUUGGGACCUACCGGAUCCGGCAAGACACUGAUCGCCCAAACGAUCGCCAAGUGCCUGGAUGUGCCCUUUGCCAUCUGCGACUGCACCACGCUGACCCAGGCGGGUUACGUGGGCGAGGACAUCGAGAGCGUCAUUUCCAAGCUGUUGCAGGAUGCCAACUAUAACGUGGAGCGCGCUCAAACAGGAAUCGUCUUCCUCGACGAGGUCGACAAAAUUGGUGCCGUCCCUGGAAUUCACCAGCUCCGCGACGUUGGCGGCGAGGGUGUCCAGCAGGGCAUGCUGAAGAUGCUCGAAGGCACGGUGGUCAACGUGCCAGAACGCAACUCCCCGCGCAAGCUGCGUGGCGAGACCGUCCAGGUGGACACCACAAACAUCCUCUUUGUGGCCUCCGGCGCCUACACUGGUCUGGACAGGCUUAUAGCACGUCGUCUUAACGAGAAGUAUUUGGGUUUCGGCAUGCCUUCGACCAGCGGAUCCGGCCGUCGUGCAGCUCAAUCAGCCGCCAGUCCCAUGGACAACGACCAGGAGGAGCGUGAUAAAUGCCUGACCAAGGUCCAGGCACGUGAUCUCGUAGAGUUCGGAAUGAUUCCGGAAUUCGUUGGCCGUUUCCCGGUUAUCGUGCCCUUCCACAGCUUGAACGUCAGCAUGUUGGUGCGCAUCCUCACCGAGCCACGAAACGCUCUGGUGCCGCAGUACAAGGCUCUCCUGGGUCUGGAUGAGGUGGAUCUUACCUUCACGGAGGACGCGGUAAAGUCGAUAGCCCAGCUGGCGAUGGAGAGGCACACGGGAGCUCGUGGACUGCGCUCGAUAAUGGAGCAACUGCUGCUGGAUCCCAUGUUCAUAGUGCCCGGCUCGGACAUUCGGGGCGUUCACAUAACCGCCGACUAUGUCAAGGGCAGCUCCUCACCCGAGUACAGCCGUGAUGCGGACGCCCCGGCAUCCGGGAGCGCUGCCACGGACUCCGAUACCACAACCGAUAAUGAUAAGAACUUUGAGAAUAGUGAGAAAAUCCCCAACCCCGUCACUGUGUAAAAUAUGACCCGCUGAGGAGUGCGCAUGAAUGAAUGCUCCGGCAUAUAUUUAUAAAGAAUAUCCUCGAUCCCAUAUGCAUCUGUGAUUCAUAAUCGACGAACAGCGCAAUCUUUAGAGCCCGAAGCAAUUGUAAGUGGAAUAUCAAAUGUUAAAAUGAAUGAAAUCCACACCUUUUUAACGUAAGAUCGGAAAUCUGCAAUGUUGGCAGGGAUGUGGUCAAGGUCUGGACCUACUGGCGCUAGGAUCCUCUCUUGCAUAUACCAAUUAUAUAUACAAACGUAAACAUAUAUUUAGGCAAAUUUUGCAUAGUCUAAACUGAGUUUCUAAAUGAGUUCUGGUAGCGUUGUAAUGAUGACAAACGAGAACCACGUUCUACUUUAAACUAAUUUAAGUUGAGAAAUCAAAUUUUUAAAACAAACAAUAAAAAAAUGAAAAAAUGUAAA